UGUAUUAUACUUUCAAGCGGUUUAAUUCGGAGUGCACUGGUAAAAGAGAAGUACAAAAAUGUCCUAUGCUGUGUUGACGCCAUGUGUUGAAGAUUCACUGAAACGACGCAGGGGGGCAGUAAGGAGGCUAUUGCGUGAGAAAUCAAUGCGAGACAUUGCUUCCUGGGAAAGCACUGAAGGGAACACAGGCGCUGAGCAAACCUGAAUAAACAGACACGUAUGUCUGUUCAAAUACACAAAGGCUACGAAUGGUUUUGAUUUUUCAUACCAACGACAAUAUGGGCAAUUUGAAAACCUUUCAACCAGCAAGAAGAAAGACGGGAGCAAAUGGCAUAGCGCAGCAACAGCAGGGAUUCUCUGUACAGUAGACCUUUAUCAACAGAUGUGUCUGUGUCAUAGUAUAAGCACUGCGGCUGUGCAACCGGGAAGAGCUACACACAGUGCUUAACAACCAAGGAACAUGGAGGCCCUUGUCCCCCAGCAGAGGGGCUGAUAUCAACCCCCACAACCAGCUCCAGGCUGCACUGAGCGACCUCCGCCUCGCCCCACCACUACCACCACCACCACCACCACCACCACCACCACCAUGUCUGCCGGGAGUCCCGCCGCGGCCCAGCAAGCCACAGGGGACUCCAGCCUGGUCACAGCCGAGGCUGGAGGGACGCCCCCACAGUCAAGCCCCGGUGGGACGCCCCCCCAUCCCAGCCUCAGUAGCACGGCCCCCCAGCCCUGCCCCGCUGGCACGCCCCCCCAGCCUAGCCCCGGCGUCCACUGCAAGCUGUGCCUUAGCGAGCACCCCCCGGCAGCCACCCACAGACUGGACGCCUGCAGCUGUGUCUUCUGCACCGCCUGUCUGCAGCAGUAUGUAGGGCUGGCCGUUAUGGAAGGCGGGGGCGCAGCAGUCACCUGCCCAGACAUGGCCUGUCACAAGACUGGAGUUCUACUGGAUUCUGAGAUCGCUAGUUUGGUCACCGGCGAACAAUUGGAGCUGUACCAGCGUCUGAAGUUUGAGAGAGGGGUGAAGCUAGACCCCAGCAGGGCCUGGUGUCCGGUUCUGGAGUGCCAGGCCGUGUGCAGCCUGAGCCCCAGCACCACAGAGGGCGUGCCCACCUCUGUGCCCUGCCCCACCUGCCAGACCGUCUUCUGCUCCACCUGCCGGGGGCCCUGGGGGGGCCACGACCACAGCUGCUCCGAGACUGAACCCAUCAUGUCUGCUUCCUCCUCCCCCAAGAGCAGGGAGCGCUCCAGCAGCGACUGUGACGCGGCCAUAAAGCAGUGUCCCAUGUGCGACAUCUACAUCGAGAGGAACCAGGGCUGUGCCCAGAUGUUAUGCAAGAGCUGCAAGCACACCUUCUGCUGGUACUGCCUGCAGAACCUGGACGGAGACAUCUUCCUGCGGCACUAUGACAAGGGGCCAUGCAGAAACAAGCUGGGCCACUCCAGGGCAUCAGUCAUGUGGAACAGAACACAGGUGGUGGGGAUCCUGGUGGGAGUGAGCCUCAUCGCACUGGUGACGUCUCCUCUCCUGCUGCUCGUGUCUCCGUGCAUCCUCUGCUGCGUCUGCAAGCCAUGCGACGCGGGCCAGAGGCUGAGGAAGAGGAAGAGGAAGAAGAAACAGAAGCAAGGCGAGGAGCGGGAGAUGGACCUCAGCCAGGGGGACUCCUCCGCGUCAUAGCAGAGCAUCUUCCUUCUGCUCGGUCGGUUGGAAGAAGGAGAGUGGGGGAUAAAGGACACACAGACCAGGACAUGAUGUAGUGUUCAUAAAUAAAUGUUGAACAGAGUUAUGGGCGUCGAUGAGCGGAGGACUUGUGUGUUUUCCGCAGAAAAGGAAGGCUUUUUCAGCGGUUCCCUGCAAGGAGACUAUCAAACUACUGUUGAACUGUUUUUGAGAAGUGCCCAGUAGAAUAACAGACUUCAGGAGUCCGGAAGGAGGAAGAGCAUUUCUGAGCUGUGCUCCAUUUCUUCCUUGGUGUGCAAGAACGAAGCUCCUCAAACGAAUUCACAUGGACAGCUCGGUUUUCGUUGCUAUGAAGACACACUAACUAGAAGCCCACUGAUAAGUUUCAGUUCAUGGGAUUAAAGGAGGUGCUCGGUAGCUUCAUACAUCAUCCGAUUCACAGACCUCUCUUCCUGUUUCAUUUGGGUUCUGAUGUCACAAACGUAAAAUGGAUGUCAUGAAAACUGAGUGGACGAGGAGGACGAGGCACCCACACGCCAAGACGAGAACGCCUCAGUUCAGUACACGGUCCCGACUCCACCCUCGUGUGUGUGAAAUGUCAUCAUGGCCAAACCAGUCGUGUUGAAGGUUCUAUUUAGUGCCUCACUCUACAGUGCCUGGUAUUUAGUCGUUACGUUUUGCCUUUCAUUCAAUGUUCUUUAUCUUAUGCAAAAUGUUUAAGCAUUGUUCAAAGCGAGGAACAGCAGUUAAGUUGAUGCUGGGACCCAUGUCCCGAAACCAUGCAAAACAUCCUUCCAUAGUUGUGAGAAGGCAAUGCUGUGUGUGUGUGUGUGUGUGUGUGUGUGUGUGUGUGUGUGUGUGUGUGUGUGUGUGUGUGUGUGUGUGUGUGUGUGUGUGUGUGUGUGUGUGUGUGUGUGUGUGUGUGUGUGUGUGUGUGUGUGUGUGUGUGUGUGCGCGCGCGCGCGUUCUGUGCUGCAGAAUUGCAAUAGGGCUUUAAUGGUGCACAGGGGUUUUCUCUGCUGUAAAUGUUUGUUUUCACCUGGCAUGUGUCAGACCAAAGGCUCUAACAAAUUGUUGUGUGUGUUAUUUAUGGAAAUGUAUGUAGGGUGUCCUGUUAUUGUUUCUACUUUUGUGUUGGUUUUUUUGUCAGUUCGAUUUUGUAAAGCAUCAUUGUAAUUUAAAUAAACAUGUUAAACAUGCAUUACUUAA